AUCAGCUGCUGUGACAUUUUGGACUUGUGCUACUCAAAGUAAAUAUACCCACGAUGCCGGAUGGCUUCCCGAAUAUUUCGCGUUCAUAUUCUAAGCUCGUUGCGAAGAAAUGUGCGGUCAAAACAAAUUCCGAGCAUCUUGCAUGCAAAUUGUGUUCGAUUUGUACCGCCGCGACUUGAGACAUUCGCUUUGUACAGUACAAAGAAUGUGAUAAUCCCCCGCCGCGCCAAUUUCGAUUCAGACCUUAAACCGGCCCCCGAGCUUGUAGCUAGCGGCGAUCCAGACACAUUUGGAGAGCUGGUUGAGGAUGAGGCUGAACUUAUAGACGAAGGAGACAUAAAGGAGGAGAAGUACAGCACAAAUAAACCAGCGAAAUGGCAGCAGCUUCGUACGAAACAAUAUGCGGAUAUGAUAAAGGAACAUUUAAAGUACCAUCGGGUAAAGGAAGCUAUUGAUGUUCUGGAAGCUCGAAUGUUGAAGGAAGACCGCGUGAAGCCUGAGAACUAUAUUUUCAACCUUGUCAUAUCUGGAUGUGCUAGGGCGGGCUAUACUCGAAAGGCAUUUCAGUUGUACAACAGAAUGAAGCAGAGAGACUUGAAGGUAACAGGCGGAACGUACAGUUCUCUUUUUAACGCAUGUGCCAACGCUCCGACAAAGGAGGAUGGACUGAAUAAAGCCAACAAAUUGCGAGGCAUAAUGCUCGAAAAGGGAUACGAACCGAAUGUCUCGAACUAUAAUGCCAUGAUCAAAGCUUACGGAAGAUGCGGCGACAUCCAAACAGCUUUUAUGCUGGCAGACGAAAUGACUGAAAAACGACUUCCGGUAGCUGCGCAAACUUAUAAUUUUCUCCUACAAGCAUGUGCAUCAGACGAAGAGCUAGGCUUUCGGCAUGCAAUAUUGAUUUGGCACAAAAUGAUUCGCAGAAGAAUUAAUCCCGACAUUUACUCCUUCAAUCUGAUGCUGAGAGUUGUUCGCGAUUGUUCAGUUGGGGACUUGGCUGCAUUAGAAGAUGUUAUCACUAAAAUAUUGACUCCAAAACAAUCCCUACCAUAUCUAUCAGACCCAAAUAAAAUCCCUGCGAUCACGGGAGGCGAAAAUGUAUCGGAACUGACUAUUGUCCCGCAAAGCGAAAAUGUAGACUCCACUCCAAAUUUUCUCUCGUUGCAACCACAUCUUGGAAGUUUAGUCUCCAUCAGUGAAAUUAAAUUGCCUGAAGAUCGGCUUCUGCUACUCGGAGGCCAAGCAGGUUUCCUAGAUGAGAUGAAGAAAGCGAAUGUGACACCAGACAUCAAAACUUUCACAGCUUUGCUGGAGGUUAUUCCACCAACUCUAGCCGCUGAAAAGCACAUCAUUUCAACGAUCCGCAAAAUAGGGUUGAAAGCAGAUAUCGACUUCUUCAAUGUGCUCAUCAAGAAGAGGAGUAUGCGGUACGACUACCAAGCUGCAAGAGAAGUUCUGUCAAUGAUACGGACUGCGAAAUUACGACCUGAUAUUGUUACGUAUGGGGUAUUGGCACUUGGUUGCCAAACAAAAGAAGAAGCCCGAGAACUACUGGACGAAAUGCGCGCAAAGGGAAUAAGGAUGAAUAUUCAAAUUCUUGGUGCCAUGCUCAAACAAGGGGCAAUACAGAGGAAUUUCGAAUAUGUCUUUGAAAUAAUGCAAAUAUCGUUGGACGAAAAAAUACAACCAAACGAAGAUUUCCUCCGACACCUUCAGCGCUUCCAGACACAUUGCUAUAGACUCAUCGAUAGUGGCCAUCCCACCGCCAAAGCACGUGGCUUUAGGAAAAACUUCACUGCUUUCCGGGAGAAGUAUACACAGUGGCGAACAGAGCACAAUAUUCAAGGACUUAAAAUGGAAGAUGCCAUUAAAAAACUGAAAGAGUCCCCUUAUGAACAAUUCAAAGAGGGUUCUGGCGACGGUUAUGAAAACCUCAAAAAUGAGAAACAACAGCGUGAAAAGAAGGUCCGUAAAUAUAUAACGAAAAUAAAAGUGAAUCAACUGAAUGAAAGUGGAACAGAAGGAAAUAGUGAGCUUAGUAGUAAGGCAAAUAGCGUAAGGUUAGAAAAUGUAGAAGCAAAGAAAAGUUGAACAGAAAAUUGUUGAUUAGAGCGCUUUUACAAUAAAUUUA